ACAUAAGUAUACACAUGGAAUCUGAAAAAAGAAUGGAUGAUAAAUCAUCGCGUUCUAUCGAUAUUGUCAGCUCGAUUCUUUCUAAUCCUGAAAAUAUUCUUGAUGUAAAAGAUUCGCUUCAAAGUGGUGUUGUAAUCCCAACAGAAGUAGUCAAUGAGACAAAGAACAGAACUAAAAAUCAGGUACAAGGCGAGAUCAUAUUUCCUGGGAAUAUUAAUUUUUCGCCUUUCGACUUGAAUUCUGAAACUGUGUAUGAUGAAUACGAGGAAGACAAGGAUCUUAUACCAUACAAAUUACCGAAGACAAAAAAACUACCAACUCUUUCAUCACUGUUACGUGAAUGGCGUGCGACACAGGUAUCAGUUGUUGCACACGUUUUGCAUAAAGAUUUUAUUAAGAUAAAAGAUAAUUACAUCGUUUGGUCAAUUUAGCCUAAACCUAUACAGAUUG